AUGGAAGGAAUUCACAACACUGCAUUCCUCUCCAACAUACCUGUGCCACUGGAUAUAACAGUGGCUGUGGUCUACUUUGUUUUUGGGGUAUGUUCACUGUUUGGCAACAGCACACUGCUGUAUGUAUCCUACAGGAAAAAGCACCUCCUGAAACCUGCUGAGUACUUCAUCGUCAACCUGGCUGUUAGUGACUUGGGCCUGACCCUGUCUCUUUACCCUAUGGCGAUAACUUCAAGCUUCUACCACAGGUGGCUGUACGGGAAAACAGUGUGCUCCAUAUACGCUUUUUGUGGCAUGUUGUUUGGCAUCUGCAGUCUGACCACUCUGACCCUGCUAAGCAUGGUGUGCUUUGUGAAAGUAUGUUAUCCAUUCUAUGGAAACAGGUUUAAUUCUGUUCACGGCAGUCUGCUGAUUGCCUGCGCAUGGGUCUACGCCCUGUUAUUUGCCUGCUCCCCUCUGGCCCACUGGGGGGAAUAUGGACCAGAGCCUUAUGGCACCGCUUGUUGCAUUGACUGGCGCUUGUCCAAUCAGCACACCACAGCACGAUCUUACACGGUGGCACUGUUCGUCUUCUGCUACAUCCUUCCAUGCUGUGUUAUUGUAGCCUCCUACACGGGUAUUCUGGUUACAGUGCAUGCAUCCCGCAAGACUAUGGAGCAGCAUGCAUCGAGGCAGACACACAUGAGCAGCAUCCAGACAAUUAUUGUCAAGCUAAGUGUUGCUGUCUGCAUCGGUUUCUUCGCGGCAUGGAGUCCGUAUGCUGUGGUGUCCAUGUGGGCUGCUUUUGGACACAUUGAGAACAUCCCUCCUCUGGCAUUUGCCAUGCCAGCCAUGUUUGCCAAGUCCUCCACCAUCUACAACCCAAUCAUUUACUUAAUGCUGAGGCCAAACUUCCGCAGGAUGAUGCGCAGGGAUAUGGGUACUCUAUGCCACGCAUGUCUGAAAAGCUGCCUCUGCUUCCAGGGCCCAGUAAAGUGCUGCUCUAAGCCAGAGAUCAGGGUCAGACUUCGCACAAUCCACAGACAGACCAACCAAUUCCCCUCAUCCAACUCUUCUGCUCAACCUCCCGUGAUAGCAUUAAGAGAUCACACAUGUGACAAGUGCAAGGAUGCUUUCGAAUGCUUCAGACAUUACCCUCAAAUGUGUGGUGUCACUAACCUAGCUGCUAAUGGAGACUCAUCUAAGGAUCAGGACACACCAGUUCCCCAAACACAUAAGCAGAAGACUCACAGUGUGUGCCACAAGAAGUCUCUGCUGGCCACCAUGUGUGCAAAAAGGACUUCAGAAAUAGACAACCUCCAUAUUAAUUUGGAGAUGGUCCCAGGGCAUGCAAAAGUGGCUUGGCCCUGA